AUGUAUCAAGUUGAUUUCAUCCUUUUUGACGAGGCGGCCAAAGCACCAGAAACCGAAACCGCCAUUCCUCUAGCGAAAAGUCCUCACGCGGUCGUCUACUUCACCGGCGACACCAAGCAGUGCAGACCAAAUCGCACCGGCACAAAUGACGACUCCAACCUCCCGGCCACGCAAUCCGCAUACGACGCGUUUGGUGUGGAUCGCAUCACUCAUAUCGCGGAGCAGGUUAAUCAAUCAUUCGAGUCGUCGGAUGAAGAACCCGUGUGUAUUUGCGGGCAGAUGAUCAACGACGCCUGCAACACCUUGGCAACGUCUCCAAGCUUGGGGAGGUUCACCAAAGUCAGGCCUUCAACCGUAAUGAAGGUCUUGGUGACGAACAACGCGGUAUAUCAGACUCUCCUCAAGAUUGCGAAUGGUCUCAGAAGGCCCACAUUCAUCCCAAUCAUUAACUCGAUGAUCGGCCAGAAGAAGGGGCUACCAUUCUAG